AUGGUUCGUAAUUAUGGUACUCCGGAGGGACAUAUUAUAAAUUAUUUGGAUCAUCCAGUUUAUCCUAACAAGAAUUUGUUGGUGCGUAAACUGGAUCCGCCACAGACGUGGAACUUGAUGGUGAAAAAUUACUUACGCGCCACGGGAUUCUACCACGUAUCGAGGAUUGGGGUGAUAAGAGGAUUUCACCCCUUAUUAGCUGCUUUGGUUGAAAGGUGGAGGCCGGAGAGUCACACUUUUGUGUUGCCGGUGGGUGAGGUUACAGUGACAUUGGAAGAUGUCGCACAUAUAUUUGGCUUAUCAAUCGAUGGAGAACCUGUGAGUGGAUGGACUAACAGUAGUAGUGACUUCGUUCGAAGUCAGAGCAUGGCAGUAUUUGGACGUGAACCAGUAGUCAGUGGUAAUUUGAAAUCCUAUAUAAAGCUUGGUUGGGUUCGACGUAUCAGAGAUGCGAAGCCGUUGGACACUGAAGAGUCCAUAAGGAGAUACGUCAGAUGCCAGAUUUUCUGUUUGUUAGGGUCGACCCUAUUCACAGAUAAGUCGACCGCAUACGCCCACGCGAAGUAUCUACCGUUGCUUCGCGAUUUCGAGCGGAUCCAUACGUAUAGUUGGGGGUCAGCAUGUCUUGCACAUCUUUACAGAGCAUUGUGCCGUGUGUCACGAUAUGAUACGAAGGAGAUGGAUGGCCCUCUUAAUCUGUUGUUUGUUUGGGCAUGGGAGCGAAUGCCGUGUCUUGCGCCGGUACCGAGACAUACCCUUCCACCUGCUGAGAUACCAGUUGCCAUGAGGUGGAGCCAUUCGGAACGGACCACAUCGUGGUUAGCGAAGACCGUAGUGAAUUUUAGGGUUGAUAUAGACUACAUGCAGGAGUUUGAGUGGCGGCCGUACGAAGGAAUGAUCAUACCCGGUGAGUUACAUGGACAUCUUGAUGUGUGUGAUACCGUUGCUCCGUUGUUGUCGUUCGAGUGA